AUGCAUUUUUUAUUUCUGUUCGUAAUACUCGGUGUUGCGACAUUUUCAACAGCUCUAAGACAACAGGCCGUUGCAGUCAAAGGUAAACUGCUCUGUGGUAAUGCAGCGGCACGAAACGUUCGC